CCCCCAGCACGUCUCCCUUAAACCCUUUUCCCAGCAGCAUGCUGGCUGCAGCAGGCGCUGCUCUUUUGCAACCCUGCAGACUUUGGACCCGCCUUCGGGGUCCCGAGCCUGAGCCCUGCGUCCCACCAGCGAGCUGCAUGCAGGAUGGCCACGAUGGACACCUACAUACGCCAGCCCUGGGGCACGGUGCACGGCAUCCCUAUGGUCUACGCCUUCACCCAGAACUGGGAGCAGGUGGACAAGUUCCAGAGCCGCCCUGAAGACAUCGUGGUGGUCACCUUCCCCAAAUCCGGCACCACCUGGGUCAGCGAGAUCGUGGACAUGAUCCUGCAAGGCGGCGACCCCGAAAAAUGCAAGCGGGACGUCAUCGUCAACCGGGUGCCCAUGCUGGAGUUUGCUGCCCCCGGGCAGAUGCUGGCAGGCACGGAGCAGCUGGAGGGCAUGCCAUCCCCUCGCAUUAUCAAGACCCACAUCCCGGCUGAUAUCUUACCCAAAUCCUUCUGGGAGAAGGGCUGCAAGAUGAUCUACGUGGGGCGUAACGCCAAGGAUGUGGCCGUCUCCUACUACCACUUUGACCUGAUGAACAACCUGCACCCUCACCCGGGGACGUGGGACCAGUACCUGGAGAAGUUCAUGGCAGGCAGAGUGGCCUACGGCUCCUGGUUCGACCACGUGAGGGGCUACUGGGAGCGCCGGAGGGAGCACCCCAUCCUCUACCUCUUCUACGAGGACAUGAAGGAGGACCCCCGCCGGGAGAUCACCAAGGUGGCCCAGUUCCUGGGGAAGGAGCUGUCGGAGGUGGCACUGGAGGCGGUCGCCCAGCACACGUCCUUCGAGGCCAUGCGGGACAACUUCAGCACCAACUACCGGGUGGUGCCCUCCAACCUCAUGGACCAGGGCAUCUCCCCCUUCAUGCGCAAAGGUAUCACUGGUGACUGGAAGAACCACUUCACCGUGGCCCAGAGCGCGCGCUUCGACCAGCUCUACGCACAGAGGAUGGCGGGCACUGACCUGCGCUUCCGCACAUGCAUCUGAGGCCCACCCCAGGCCACCCCUGGCCCUGUAGACUUCCCCCAGAUUUCUGCUUUUACGAAAAUAAAAGUUUGCCUCCUGCCUUUCCCCACA